AUGACAAUAGACUCUGAAUUCCACUUGGACCACUUGCUCUACCAAAAGAUUCUACUUAACAUAAGUGAGGGUAUAGGGGUGGAGUUACUUUCAAAAGACACGUCGCUCUCGACAUUGUCUUGCGGAUUACCGGCUUCUUCUUUGGCGCCUCAUCGUAUCAUUCACGCUUGUCAAGUCAGCUUAAACCAAUUUCCAGUUGUAUUCGGCUCUUUUUUUCAAAACGUCUUUACUUAUAUGUACGAAGAAGAUGCGGGCUUCGUAGAAUCUCCUAAGAUAAGCGUGAAGAUAAUCACAUUAGAACCACCAUACAUCUCGUCUCAACUCGAGCGUGCUGAUAAUUUUUUCUACCACUCGCGCUCACGCAUUUCCCGCUUUUCUGUUAGUCAGUUCAUAGAUGAUCUCACGCCGGCAGAUGACACUAUCAUUCACCCCGAGUUGCUUAUCCUUCCAGCAGACUUCCCCUUCCCAACACGAUACCCAAGAUCCUGGCAGGCCCGGGACGGCUUGUCGUUCAAGUCCAACUUUGUUCAACGGCGUCAGGUGUUUGGGGUCUCGAAUCAGCUGAAGCGUGAACUUGGUCGAGAAUUGCUGGAAUUACUUUGCCGGUCAGGCCCGAAGCCUUGGGACCCCUUGGGACUCUGGGACCUCCGGGAGCCCUUUAGGACCCGGGGAUCAAUUGACACGACUGGCCCAGCAACCAGACUAUCGAGUUAA